AUGGCCGCGCCGCCGGGCUCGGCGGGGCUCUGGGCGCUGCUGCUGCCGCCGCUCCUCGCCCUCAGCGCCGCGCAGCCGGGCCCCGCCGCCUCCCGCGGGACGGGGCGCAGCCUCCACCCGCCCUACUUCAACCUGGCGGCGGCCGCCCGCAUCUGGGCCACGGCCACCUGCGGGGAGGCGGCGGGCGGCGGCGGGCGGCCGCAACUCUUCUGCAAGCUGGUGGGGGGCCCGGCCGCAGCCCCGCUGGGACGCGCCAUCCAGGGCCAGUUCUGUGAUUACUGCAAUGCUGCUGAUCCCAGCAAAGCUCACCCGAUAACCAACGCCAUUGAUGGCACUGAGCGCUGGUGGCAAAGUCCCCCUCUUUCCGUGGGCUUGAAGUACAACGAAGUCAAUGUCACCCUAGAUCUGGGGCAGCUCUUCCAUGUUGCCUAUAUCCUUAUCAAGUUUGCAAAUUCUCCUCGUCCAGAUCUCUGGGUCUUGGAAAGAUCGGUGGACUUCGGAAAAACUUACACUCCAUGGCAAUAUUUUGCUUACUCAAAAGCAGAUUGCUUGGAGCGCUUUGGAAAGGAAGCAAAUAUUCCUGUGAGGAGGGACAGCGAUGUCCUGUGCACUACCGAGUACUCUCGCAUUCUGCCUCUAGAAAAUGGAGAGAUUGUAGUAUCUUUGGUAAAUGGCCGCCCAGGAGCAAAAAACUUCACUUAUUCCCCUGGUCUUCAAGAAUUCACAAAAGCAACAAACAUCCGCCUGCGCUUUCUCAGAACUAAUACUCUUCUUGGACACUUGAUAUCCAAAGCUCAGCGAGACCCCACUGUGACUCGUAGAUAUUACUACAGUAUAAAGGACAUCAGUAUUGGUGGUCGGUGUGUUUGCCAUGGCCAUGCUGAAGUAUGCAAUCCAAAGAGCGCUGAAAACCAAUACCAGUUUCAGUGUGAAUGUCAGCAUAACACUUGUGGGGAAACCUGUGACCACUGCUGCCCUGGAUAUAAUCAGAAGCAGUGGCAACCUGCAACAGCUGGGAGCACUAACAUAUGUGAACCCUGCAAUUGCCAUGGACAUGCCACUGAUUGCUACUAUGAUGCUGACGUUGAUCAGCGUCAAGAAAGCUUAAACAUCCAUGGGCAUUAUGAAGGUGGAGGAGUCUGCAUUAACUGCCAGCAUAACACGGCUGGGAUUAACUGUGAGAAGUGUGCAAAAGGUUACUAUCGUCCUUACGGUGUUCCAGUGAGAGCUCCCGAUGGUUGCAUACCCUGCAGUUGCAACUUGGAGCACUCAGAUGGCUGUGAGGAAGGGUCUGGCCGCUGCUUCUGUAAGCAUAAUUUCCAGGGAGACCACUGUGAACGCUGUGCUGAUGGAUUCUAUGGUUAUCCAUUUUGUGUCUAUACUCCUGUAUAUCCUACUUCUUCAGUUCCCAGAGAUGCUGUGGCUGGUGACAUAAUAGAAGGAGGCUGCAAACCAGGGUAUUUUGGCCCUCAGUGUCUGUUGUGCCAGUGCCACGGUGCAGGAGUGCUGGGCAGUGACUGCAAUGGAAGUACUGGGCAGUGCAGAUGUCGAACUGGAUUUGGGGGUUUUUCCUGUGAUAGCUGUGCACCUGGCUAUUUUCAGUAUCCCUUCUGUCAUGUGUGUGAAUGUAACUUGUUGGGUACCCAGCCUCAAGUCUGUGAUUUCUUUGGGAGGUGUCUUUGUCGCUCAGGGGUCAGUGGACUUCAGUGUGACAGCUGCCAGCCUGGCCACCACUCGUUCCCUACCUGUCAAGAAUGCAGCUGUGAUGUUGUUGGCUCAUUGGGGAAUACAUGUGGUGCUGGAGGGCAGUGUCUGUGCCGUAGUAACUAUGCUGGGCUGAGAUGUGACCAGUGUGCUCCAGGAUAUUACAGCUAUCCCAACUGCUUGCGCGUCAACAGCGAGUGUGACCCUGCAGGUAGCGUUGGUUCUCACUCUGGAUAUUGUCAAUGUCUCCAGCAUGUUGAGGGUCCUACCUGCAGUAAGUGCAAACCCUUGUACUGGAACCUAGCCAAAGACAACCCCGAGGGAUGUACAGCAUGCCAGUGUGAUGUGAGUGGAACACUAAGUGGAGUUGGAGAAUGUCAGCAGGAAAAUGGGCACUGCUACUGCAAAUCUAAUGUUUGUGGUGAUUCCUGUGACACUUGUGAAGCUGGCUAUUAUGCUCUUGAAAAAAAUAAUUAUUUUGGCUGCCAAGGCUGCGGGUGCGACAUUGGAGGAUCCCUCAGCCCAGCCUGUUCCCAGCCCUGGGGCAGCUGCCAGUGCAGGGCGCACGUCGUGGGCACGACCUGUCGGGAGCCUGAAAAAAACUACUUUUUCCCUGAUCUGCACCACAUGAAGUUUGAGAUUGAAGAUGGUACUACUGUCCAAGGAGGGAAAGUUCGGUUUGGCUAUGAUCCUCAGGAAUUUCCUAGCUUCAGUUGGAGAGGAUAUGCACAGAUGUCCUCUAUACAACCAGAGGUGGUUGUGCCUAUCACUGUGGCUUCCCCUAAGCUCUUCCACCUAGUCCUCCACUAUGUCAGCCUGGGCUCAAAAAGCUCUAAAGGGAAGAUAUCAGUUGCUGAGGGAAAACAUAUUGGCACUAAUUAUACUUGGGCUGCUCAGGGCAAAGAGUUUGUCUUCCCACCCAGCAAGGAGCCAGCUUUUAUCACAAUCCCAGGAAAAAGCUCCACAGAGCCUUUCUCACUGGCUCCAGGCACGUGGACUGUCAGUAUAAUGGCAGAGGAAGUUCUCUUGGAUUACUUGGUGCUGUUACCAAGUGAUUACUACGAGGCAUCCCUGUUGCAGAUCCGAGUUACAGAGCCUUGCACACAUCCCAGGCCUGCUUCAGCAGAACACUGCUUGCUCUAUCAGCAUGUGCCUCUGGGCAGAUUUUCCUGUGUCCUUGGUUCAGAAGCAGUGCAUUUCAGACAUGGGGGAGAAUCCAGAAGAAUACCUGUGCGACAGCCAGCUCCCAAUCAGCCAGUGAUGGCCCAUAUCAGUGGAAGAGAGGUCAAUUUAGAGAUGACCAUAAACGUUCCUCAAGUCGGUCGCUAUGUUCUGGUUUUUGAAUAUGCCAAUGAAGAUGAACAGAUGUACACUGCAGAGCUAACAGUACAUAGCCCUGGACCUGUCACUGAAGGCAGAGUGAGAAUAUACAGUUGUAAAUACAGUUUCCUUUGUCGCAGUGUCGUAGUUGAUGACAGGAAUCGCAUUGCAGCCUAUGACCUUCUAGCAGACACAAAGAUACAUCUUAAAGCAUCAUCAAGUCAUUUUCUUCUGCACAAGGUUUGCAUUAUAUCAGCUGAAGAAUUUUCUCCAGAGUACGUGGAUCCUAAAGUACAGUGCAUAGCUGCUUACAGGAGUAACAGUGAUGGAAGUGCAGCAUGCAUUCCCUCAGUUUUUGAAACUCCACCAGGAGCUUUGGUUUUGGAUGCAUUCAAAGAUGGGAAGAUUUCUGAAGUACAGGAGAAUAUACUGCAUGAUCCAUGGAGUGCCGCUUUACCUGUUGGUUCAGUUCAUGGAGUCACCUUGACACCGUUACAGAACCAGAUCACCUUGAGUGGCAGAGUGCCCCACUUGGGCAGAUCCGUAUUUGUGGUACAUUUUUAUCAGCCGGCACACCCAGUGUUCUCUGUGCAAGUCUAUGUGAAUGCAGGACAUGUGUGGUCAGGUACUUUCAAUGCUUCAUUCUGCCCUCAUACUUCUGGCUGUCGGGUUCAGGUGAUUGCAGCAAACCAAAUUGAGCUUGACGUUUCUGAACCCAUGGUCUCUGUUACAGUGAUGAUACCGCAUGGAAGAACACUGGUUCUGGAAAAUAUCUUAGUUGUUCCAGCAGACACCUACAGUUACAAAAUUCUUGACAAAAAGACAGUGGACAAAUCAUUUGAUUUUAUCAGCCAAUGUGGAGGAAACAGUUUUUAUAUUGACCCAGAACGAUCAUCAGCCUUCUGUAAGGACUCUGUCAGGUCACUGGUGGCUUUCUACAACAACGGAGCCCUGCCAUGUGAUUGCCACAGCGCAGGGGCCAGGAGCCCUAUGUGCAGCCCCCUGGGAGGGCAGUGCGUUUGCAGACCCAACGUCAUCGGUCGCCAGUGCAGCCGGUGCCAAACCGGCUACUAUGGAUUCCCAUUUUGCAAGUUAUGCAACUGCGGGCAGCGUCUUUGUGAUGACAUGACUGGUAAAUGCAUUUGCCCUCCACGAACUGUGAAGCCAAAAUGUGAAGUGUGUGAGAAAUACUACUUCAGUUAUCAUCCUCUUGCUGGCUGCAAAAGCUGCAACUGCUCAGAAAAAGGAAUUGUUGAUGUGGCAAGCCCAGAAUGUGAUAAAACCAGUGGACAAUGCAAAUGCAAACCAGGAGUAAAAGGACGUCAGUGUGAUCAGUGUGCUCCUGGAACUUAUGGUUUCCCUAACUGUGUGCCAUGUAGCUGUAACAGAGAUGGAACAGAACCAGAUGUUUGUGAUCCCCAGACAGGAAUUUGUCUUUGCAAGGAAAAUGUGGAAGGUGCAGCAUGUGACACUUGCAGACCAGGAUUCUUUUAUUUGAACCCCUCUAACCCCAGGGGAUGCACACCUUGCUUUUGUUUUGGGGCAACCAGCGACUGUCACAGCACGGAUCGUCGUAGAACCAAGUUUGUGGAUAUGAGGAACUGGCGCUUGGAGGCAGUAGAUGAAAAUAUGGACAUUCCAGUCACUUUCAAUCCAAUCAGUAACAGUGUGGUGGCUGAUGUUCAAGAAUUGCCAGCUUCUGUGCAUAAUUUGUACUGGAAAGCACCAGCAUCCUACCUGGGAGAGAAGCUUUCUUCAUAUGGUGGCUUCCUAAGUUACCAAGUGAAAUCUUUUGGCUUACCUAGUGAGGGCAUGGUUCUUCUGGAUAAGAAGCCUGAUAUACGACUAACAGGCAAACAAAUGGAAGUUGUUUAUAUGGAUCCCAACAACCCACUGCCUGAUCGUCAGUAUUAUGGCCGAGUGCAGCUGGUUGAGGGCAACUUCAGACACACCAGCAGCGGUAAGCUGGUAUCCCGAGAAGAACUGAUGAUAAUCCUGUCCAGGCUGGAUGGCUUGCACAUCCGGGCCCUUUACUUCACGGAGACUCAGCGCCUGACGCUUGGGGAGGUCGGGCUGGAGGAAGCCACCGGCGAGGGCAGCGGCAGCAUUGCACACAGCGUGGAGACAUGCGCCUGCCCGCCGCAGUACGCCGGUGACUCAUGCCAGGAGUGUGGCAUUGGAUUUUAUCGUGAGAAUAAAGGACUAUUUGCUGGACGCUGUGUGCCCUGCAACUGCAAUGGAAAUUCAAAUAGAUGUCAAGAUGGUACUGGAAAAUGUAUUGACUGUCAGUAUAAUACUGCUGGGGAGAAAUGUGAGCACUGUAAAGAUGGUUAUUUUGGAGAUGCCACUCAAGGUUCCUGCCGGGAAUGCCCUUGCCCAUAUACAAACAGGUUUGCAACUGGCUGUGUGGCAAAUGGUGAAGAAAUCCAGUGUCUCUGCAAAAAAGGUUACACUGGAGCUCGCUGUGAACGCUGUGCUCCUGGAUAUUUUGGAAAUCCACAAAACUAUGGAGGCUUCUGUCAGGAAUGUAACUGUAAUAAUAAUGGACAGCUGGCUAGCUGUGACCACCUGACUGGAGAAUGUUUCAAUAAUGAGCCAAAAGAUGUGGAUCCCAAUGAAGAUUGUGACUCCUGCGAUAGCUGUGUGAUUACACUGCUGAAGGAUUUGAGCACAAUAGGUGACGAGCUUCAGCUCAUCAAGUCUCAGCUGCAAAAUGUCCAUGCAAGUACCCACACUCUGGAGCAGAUGAGAGACCUGGAAACACGCAUCAAGGACUUAAAGGUCUUACUGAACAACUACCGUUCUGUUGUUCAUAAUCAAGGUUCAAAGGCAGAUGAGUUGGAGACAGAAUUCAUUAAACUAGAUCGCGAUUUAAAUGCUCUCCAGGAAAAGGCUGAAAUGAACUACAAAGAAGCUAAGAGAUUAUAUAACAACUUCGGUCAAACUCAUCAGAAAGGAAAGGAUUUAGUUUCACAAAUACAAAUCGUGGUCAAAAAUAUACAAGCACUUUUAGAACAGAUAGCAGGUACAAAUGCAGAGGGUAACAACCUGCCCCUGGGAGAUGCCUCUGAAGAACUGGCUGAAGCUCAGCGCAUGAUGACAGAGAUGCGGAACCGCAACUUCGGCCAACUUCAAGCUGAGGCAGAGAAGGAGCGAAGAGAAGCUCAGCAGUUACUGGCACGUGUUAAGAAUGAACUACAAAAGUACCACCAAGAAAAUCGUGGGCUUAUUAAAGUUGUGAGGGAUGCACUGAAUGAAUAUGAAUCCAAAAUCACUGACCUCCGUGAAGCUCUGAAUGAUGCAACGGGACAAAUCAAGCAGGCUGAAGGCUUAAACAGAGACAACACAGUUCUAUUAGAAGACAUUAAGAAACGGAUUGUAAACACAAACGUGCAACAGAAUGGUGUCUUGAAUAUUCUGAGCUCGGCCGGAUCUUCCCUGACACAAGCUAAGAGUGCACUUGGACUGUUGCAAGAGAGCAAAGAGGAAUAUGAAAGCCUGGCUGCUCAGCUGGAUGGAGCGAGGAGGGAUAUGAAUGAAAAAGUGGCAAAUCUCUCAUCAGCAAGCAAAGAACCACUGGUGGUGAGGGCCGAGGAACAUGCCAAAUCUUUGCAAGAUUUGGCAAAACAACUGGAAGAAAUAAAGAACAGUGCCAGGAAGGAUGAGUUGGUGGGCUGUGCUGUGGAAGCUUCUACUGCCUAUGACAAUAUUAUUAGCGCCAUCAAAGCAGCAGAGGAGGCAGCCAACCAAGCUGGGAAAGCAGCUGACUCAGCUUUAUCCAUGGUGAAGAGAGAAGACCUAUCAGGAAAAGCUGCAAGGUUAAAAACUGAGAGCAGUACACUCAUGGAUCAAGCACAGGAGACUAAAAGGACAUUGCAAGCUAUUGGUCCAAACCUCGAUGACCUAAAGCAAAGACUUGAUAUCGCUGAAGGAAAGACGAAUGCACUGAAAAUUGAUCUUGUCACUGCUCAAAACAAUCUCAAUGGGAUAAACAGAGGUGACAUUGACAGUAUCAUCACCAGCGCAAGGAACAUGGCAGAAAAUGCCAACUCUGUCACCAACAGUGUGUUGGGUGAACUGGCCCCAAUUGAAGCAGAAGUGGAAAGAAUUAAGAGUAACUAUGGAAGCACACAGAGUGCCAACUUCAAUAAAGCAUUGAUGGAGGCAAACAAUUCAGUAAAAAAUUUGACAAACCAACUUCCAGAUCUGUUCAGCAAGAUCAAGAGUAUCAACCAACAGCUGAUGCCAAUAAGCAACAUCUCCGAGAACAUAGAUCGCAUAAGAGAGCUGAUUCAGCAGGCAAGAGAUGCUGCAAAUAAGGUUGCUAUUCCUAUGAGGUUCAAUGGCAGCUCUGGUGUAGAGGUUCGACCUCCAAGCAACCUUGAAGAUCUAAAGGGCUAUACUUCACUUUCCUUAUUUAUCCAAAGACCUCGGCAAACAUCAGAAACCCGCCAGAGGGCAAAUAGGUUUGUCCUGUACCUGGGUAAUAAAGAUGCUUCCAAAGACUACAUUGGUAUGGCUGUGAAAGAUGGUUACCUUACUUGUGUCUAUAACCUGGGAGGUGGUGAUGGGGAAGUGAGAGUGCAGUCAUUGGUGACUCAAAGCAACACUGAGGAAUCUGUUAUGGAUCAAAUUACAUUUGAAAGGAUUUACCAGUAUGCAAAGCUGAAGUACAUCAAAGCAGCAACAUCAAUUUCUCCAGAUUAUGAAAGCCCUAGGAGUACAAGCAGCGGAGACAGUGACAUGCUCCUCAAUCUUGAUCCCAGCAGUGUUGUCUUUUAUGUUGGAGGAUACCCACCAGAUUUUAGGCCUCCACGAAAUCUCAACUAUCCUCGUUAUGAAGGCUGCAUUGAAUUAAACAGCCUAAAUGAGCAUAUUAUCAGCCUUUACAACUUCAAGAGGACUUUUAAUCUCAACACCACUGAAGUGCAACCCUGCAGAAGGUAUAAAGAGGAGACUGAUCAAAGCUAUUUUGAGGGCACUGGUUAUGCCAGUGUCACAGCAAGAGAAAGAAGUGCCGAACGAGUGCGGUAUGAGCAGACAAUUGAGACAACUGCAGAUGAAGGCAUCGUGUUUUUUGCAGCAAAUGGGGAUCAGUUCAUCAGUGUGCUCAUUAAAAAUGGUCAUACAGUUUUUAGAUACAAACUUAACUCUGAACCUCCAAAAGAAAUAGAAGCCAAAGGAACUGUAAAUGAUGGAACAUACCAACAAAUUAAUUUGGUGCUUGACCGAAGAAAGAAAGUUGUGUAUGUCAGUCCUGAUAUUAGAGCCAACAUACACGUCUUCAAUUUCACUGAGUACUACCUAGGUGGAGUUCCAUCUUUUCUACGGGAACGCUUUAAUAUAUCCACACCUCCAUUCCGGGGCUGCAUGAAGAACGUGAAAAACCCAAGCACUGCAUCUGUUGUUUUUGAUAAGACUUUUGGUGUCAGCAAGAAAUGUCUAGAUGACUGGAAGCUUGUGAGAUCUGCAGCUUUCUCCAGGGAUGGAACACUGAGCCUGAGUGCAGCAGAUUUCCCAUUUCCCAAGGAUUUCCAAGUUGGCUUUGGCUUUCAGACCACAGCUUCAACCGGAACACUCUUAAAUUACAAUAUAAGGCCUGAUGUUCUUUCCAUCUUUCUGAGUCCUGGCUCCAUAACUGCAAAGAUACGAGAUAAGGAAAUUAAACUGGAAAAGAAAUAUGAAGAUGGGUCAAUGCAUUAUGUGACAGUAAUAAAAGCAGACAACAGAGUACAUCUGAUGGUUGAUGAUGAGUCAAAAGCAAUUGACUCUCCCAGUUCAUCAAACUCACAGGAAUCAAACAGACCUAUAAAACUUGGUGGAGAUAAUUUUGAAGGUUGCAUUUCAAACAUCUUUAUUAAAAGGGCAGGUCAGCUCCCUGAGGUUCAAAAUCUUGUUGCUAAUACUGGCAAGACUGGUGUGUCCCUCGGAGCUUGCCAGGAAUACAAAAACCUUGAACCAAUGAUGCUGCAGGAAUUUAAAAAUCCUCUCAGGCUUAAGAUGCUCAAGAAUGAAAAAUACCUUGAUUAUCUGAAAGCUGCUAAGGUGGAAAGCCACACUACAGCAGCCCCGUUACAUGACAGCAGUGAAGCGUAUCUCCUUGGAAGCAUCCCCAACAGUUUCAUAUCGUACAUGUUUUCUCCAUUGUUAUCUACAGACAGGUUACAUUUUUCUGUAGAUGUACGGACUCGAUCAUCAAGAGGAUUAAUAGUUUUCAUGGAGGAAAGCUCUGAGGACUCUUAUAUGGCUCUCCACAUUUCAAAAGGACAUUUUGUCUUUUCACUUGGCUCUGUAGAAAAACAAAUCAAAGUCAAAACCAGUAAUAAAUACAAUGAUGGGCAAUGGCACACUGUGGUCUUCAGCACAGAUGGGAAGAAUGCCCGCCUUGUCGUUGAUGGUCUAAGGGCCCAGCACAGAAAAUUGGCAACAAAUUCUGCCAUCAGCAUUAAGCCACCAGUCUACUUGGGAGGGCUGCCACCACUGAAGAAACAGAAUAUACCAAUGAAGAGUUUCAAGGGUUGCCUGAGGAAUUUUAAGGUGAAUGGAAAAGUCAUGAAUGCACCUCAACAAAAAAAUGGCGUACUUCCAUGUCUGGAUGUUCCCAUGGACACAGGGAUUUACUUCUUUAAUGAAGGGGGAUAUAUUGCCAUUGGUAAUUUGCUGAUGGGAUUGGAUUUCAGGAUUGUAUUUACCAUUCGACCAAAGAGUUCAACAGGUGUACUCCUCCAUGCUGGAAGCAAGCAAGACAACUAUUUGACUAUUUACAUGAAGGGAGGAAAGGUCAUUGCUGCUGGAAAUAGUGGUGCUGGAGAAUUCCAGGCAUCAGUCACACCUAGGAAACCUCUGACUGAUGGACAGUGGCAUACCAUUGCAGUGUCUCAGAAGGAGAACACAGUGCAGCUAGAGGUGGGCACACAGAGUAACUAUACCAUUGAACUUCAACCCUCUCCUCUUAGACGUGUGUAUCAGCCACUCUACUUCGGCAAAAUUCCAGCAAAUUUGGACACCCCGUGGGUUCCAGUAGAAGACCCAUUUUUUGGCUGUCUUUGGAAUAUUACCAUCAAUGACAAACAUAUCUCCACCAGGAGAAUUUCAGAGGUUCAUGGUGUAGUGAAUUUGCACGGGUGCCCAGGGAGGUAACUCUGCUGUUACAGUCAUUGUGCACACAUCGGGCUGUGUCUGUAGAAGAACUGCGUGGAUUCCCCUUUGCUGAUCAGCAUCAGGCUGCUUGUUCUGAACAGCCGGUGAGCAAAUGCAUCCUCUGGAUGUGGACUGUGCCAAAGCAAACGAAAAGUAUUUGCUUUGACAAACUCCCUUUUAAAUGUUAUUGAUUUCCGAGGUAAUCCGUUGUGCCUUCUGAGAUGUGUGCAGAAAAUAUAAUUGCAUAUACCCUACUGGGCCAAAUUCUGCUCUCACCCACAACAGCAGAGACUUGAGCAGCUCCAGUGUCUUAAUUUUGGAAAUUUUCCUUGGUGUUGGCCACCUUGAGAGCAAAUUUGAUCCAUUAAUAUAAAGAAUUUUAUAAAAAUAUAAAUCUCUUUGGAUUGUUGCUUAUACAGAAAUGUACAUUGAUGUUAAAAGUAAUAAUAAUAAUAUAAAUGGAGUUUGAAGCACUUUAAGGAGUGAAACUCUGGGAGUUUGUUACAAAGUUAG